AUGGACAACACUGGCAAACAUUUUACUAUUAAUUUUGCCCCAAACAUGUCUGGAAAUCUGAGCAAAGUUAUUGAUGCUGGAUCUUUUUAUUCCACAUUCUCUUCCUCACAGCUUCAUUCCCCUGAGGUGUCGAGCUCUUAUUUUUCAACUGAAAGCAAGAGGAAAUGGAAUAUUAAUAAUAGGUUUGUGAACCAUCAAGAUGGCUCUUCUUUGGUUCUCGGGUUGGGCUGCUUAUCAAAUUCCUGCACUACCUUAUCAUCGGGGAAAGAAAUUGCAGAGGAGUCUUCAGUUGAUCUCGGUCUGAGUACUAACCUGCAUUUAGGAAAUUAUAGGACACCUAUGCUAAAAAAUGUUUCUUGUGGGACUGCCAAGGCACUGGUAGUGGAAAGACCCAAACUGGACCUUGAAUUAAGUCUAUCUACUGGGCCUGCUGAAUCAGAUAUAACUACUGUCACUCAAGGGUCUAUUCCAUUUCAGCACACUGCAGAGUCACCUGUCAUAGCUGGCACAGUUCAACUUGUGGAUGAAGGAUCAACUUCAUCUCGGUGGAAACUAGGGCCUCUUGUGCCUCCAUUGCAAAGUCUAGAGAUUACUGCUCCUCUUGACCAUAUACGUAGCCAUAUCAAGCCAACUGCAGUUAAUUCUAACCUCCCAUCAAAUUCUGCAGUGACGCCAAAAAGUUCUGUUGCCUGUGCUUCAGGAGUAGUUCAUCAGCAACCUCAACAUAACGUCUGUGUGAAAACCUGUCAGUUUGAAGGAUGCAUAAAGGGAGCAAGAGGUGCUUGUGGUCUUUGUAUUGCACAUGGAGGUGGCAGAAGGUGUCAGAGAGCCGGCUGUCCAAAAGGAGCUGAAGGUAAGACAGUGUUUUGCAAGGCCCAUGGUGGAGGUCGGCGGUGCCAACAUCUUGGGUGCACUAAGAGUGCUGAAGGCCGUACAGACUACUGUAUUGGUCAUGGUGGUGGUAGGCGGUGUGGUCAUGAGGGUUGCACUCGUGCUGCAAGAGGGAAAUCUGGCUUGUGCAUCCGACAUGGGGGUGGCAAAAGGUGUACAAUGCAAAACUGUACUAAGAGUGCCGAGGGCAUCUCUGGCCUCUGCAUCUCCCAUGGCGGUGGCCGCCGUUGCCAGUUUCCUGAAUGUGCGAAAGGUGCUCAAGGUAGCACAAUGUUUUGUAAGGCACAUGGUGGGGGGAAAAGGUGCACAUUUUUGGGGUGCACAAAAGGUGCAGAAGGAAGCACACCAUUCUGUAAAGGCCACGGUGGGGGGAAAAGAUGUACAUUUGAAGGAGGAUGCACAAAGAGUGUGCAUGGGGGCACUUUCUUUUGUGUAAGUCAUGGUGGAGGCAAGAGAUGUGCGAUGCCUGAAUGCACUAAGAGUGCAAGGGGACGCACAAAUUUUUGUGUUCGCCAUGGUGGGGGGAGAAGGUGCAAAUUUGAAGGAUGUACUAAAAGUGCGCAAGGCAGCACUGAUUUUUGCAAGGCUCAUGGUGGAGGGAAAAGGUGUUCUUGGGGUCAGUUGGGGUCCGAGUUUGGUGACCAAGCUUCUGCUCCUUGUGAUAAGUUCGCUAGGGGGAAAUCUGGCCUAUGUGCUUCCCAUAGUGCCCAGGUGCAAGACAAACAGAUCUAUGGUGAUGGCACUUCGGAUGCUACAGUGCAAGACCUACACUUUAGCACACUGGAGAAGAUGGAAGGGAAAGAUGUUGCCAAAGACAUCCACACAGUUGGCAUUACAACUGUGGGCAGUGGGGGCUCAUCAAAUGAUUAUACGGUUUAUGGACAUCAGCCAAUUUUCGUGCAGAUUCCACCAAGUGAUACUGUCUCUGUUGGCAAUGCUUCUUUAGCCCAAUUUUCACUUCCAGAAGGCAGGGUGCAUGGAGGAAGCCUAAUGACAAUGCUAAGAGGCAGUACCAACUUUGGAUCAAGCAGCAAUAAUCAACCAGUCAGUGGUCCAUUGGAGUCUGGAAAAGUUAAUCCUACGCUUCAUAGUUGGGUCUAAGCAAACACAUCUUUUUCCAUAUUGUUCAAUUUGGUCUUGCUCUAUCUUCUGUAUGAAUUCAUUCUUGUGCUUUUUAGUUAGUCUAGAGUUUGGUGUUUGUGGAUAAGUUUCUAUUGUCCUAUCUAUUGUUGAAACCCUAAUGAAUGCAAGGGGAAAAGAGGUAUGGCGUGAUGGAGCCAGUUGCAGUUGGUGGUUUGUCUUCUGUAAGUACUCGUAUUGUUGAUUGUGAAUAUGGUCUUUUAUUUUUAUUGUAACCCUGAUAGUUGAAUAAUAUUAAUGUCAACCUUGUAUCUU